GAGGCUGGGCGAGAGCUCGAGCAGGGAAGAGGUGGCACGAGGAAUGCUUUUGGACUGUUGAAACCUACAAGCUUGGACUAAGCCUGAAUUUUUCGAGCAGGUUUACUGUUGUUCAUUAUCAGUCUCUUAGGUCUGGAAGGUUUUCUCAUAAUGAAGUGCUCUCUUGGACUUUUUCUAUUGGUCUGUUGUGUGACUCUUAGCUUAGGCGUUAAGCAUUAUGGAAUCCGAUUCUCCUCUGCAGGCUCGUCUCUUCAAUGCUACAAGUGUGAGGAUUACACCGGGGGACGAUGCGCAGUGCAGCAAGUUUGUUCUUAUGAGGACGCAUGUUUAUAUCUUCACGAGAAAGGUGGGAAGACCAUUCGCCGGUGCAUUCGUUACACUGACUGUGAUAACUCUCGUCUGUCCCAGAAGUUUCCGUCGAUAUCAGAAUAUACUUACAGGUGCUGCAACACCGACCUGUGUAACAGCGGACCAGCGAGCGCAGCAAGCACAUGGAUCUUAUCUCUGCUGGCAGUGCUCACCGGCCUCUGGUCCUGCUGCAUCACUGCAUGAUUUCUCACUAGUGUCCUCGAAAGCUAUUUCUUGCCAUACCCUUUAUGGAUAUCUAUAUAUUUACAAUGUACCAUUAUUUGUGAUUUUUUUGGUUUUAACUAACCUAACAUUUAUCAGAUAGCACUGUUUGUUGUAAACAAGUUUUAUUCUAAUACCAUUGUUUUCUGACUUUUUCUUUUUUAUUUAAAUGAAUACAAUUUUAUUUUGGCUGAUAUUUAAAAAGAAUGCAGCAAAAUGUUUGGAAUUUUCAUAAAUUACCUUUGUAUGUAGUACCUUAUAAAUAACUAAUUAAAAAUAAACCUUGAUUUUCUGAAUUUGUACAUUUUAAAAACAGGUGCUUUUGAGGUUGCGUUACCCUUUACCAUCUUAA